AAGACUUGCCAACAAAGGGUUCAGUAUCAAAUUCAGCUUCAAAGCUAACUCAUCUAUUGCAUCUGCACUCCGUUGAUUCAAGUUUAUUUUCAAACAAAAUGAAAUUCCUGGUGAUCGUUUUCGUGGCCCUGUUUGCCUUUGCCUCGGCCCUGCCCCAGUUCGGAUUUGGUGGAUUUGGAGGUGGAUUUGGCGGACAACAGCAGCAACAAGAAGGCUUUGGAGGUUUCGGAGGAUUUGGCGGUCAGCAGCAGCAGCAGGAAAGCUUCGGAGGUGGUUUCGGAGGAUUUGGAGGUGGUUUCGAACAGCAGCAACAGCAGCAGGGAGGAUUCUUCUAAGAAUUUAAAACUUAAUUAUGAAGUGUACAAAACUAGAUA